UGCGCCGCCCGUUUUAUUACUGCAGUUGCUUCUCUCAGUUGGACAAGCAAACUCCAUUUGCUUUCUUUUUCUCUCUCGAAACUCUCUCUCGUCCAAACGGAGAACCUUGGAAGAAGGAAACCAUGUCGUCCCCAAGCAAGCGAAGGGAGAUGGACUUGAUGAAAUUGAUGAUGAGUGACUACAAAGUUGAGAUCAUCAAUGAUGACAUGCAAGAGUUCUAUGUUCAAUUCCAUGGACCCAAUGACAGUCCUUAUCAUGGAGGUGUGUGGCGGGUAAGAGUUGAGCUGCCUGAUGCUUAUCCAUACAAAUCUCCUUCAAUAGGCUUUAUUAAUAAGAUCUAUCACCCAAAUGUUGAUGAAAUGUCUGGCUCAGUUUGUUUAGACGUUAUCAAUCAAACAUGGAGUCCCAUGUUCGAUUUGGUAAAUAUAUUUGAGGUAUUUCUACCACAGCUUCUUCUGUAUCCCAACCCAUCAGAUCCAUUAAAUGGAGAGGCUGCAGCUUUGAUGAUGCGUGACCGAUCUGCUUAUGAACAAAGAGUUAAAGAAUACCGUGAGAAAUAUGCCAAGCCAGAAGAUAUAGGGGCUGCCCCAGAAGAAAAAUCUAGCGAUGAGGAGCCGAGCGAGGACGAGUACGAUUCUGAGGAUGAGGAAAUGGCAGGUCCAUCAGAUCCAUAGCCAAUUGGCCACCACCAAUGACCAAUCCUCUCAAUUGCUGUAUCUGUAUAUGAUGAUUAUGCUUUUAGCUUCAUUCUAUGGACUUGUGUAGUGGGCAGGGAAGAAGAAGAAUUUCCUAGCCUUGCUUCUGUAAAUAGAUGUAUCAUUUCUUCAUGUUCCUCUGUAUUUGAAAAUUUGUAAUUCAUCGAGAAAUCCCCAUUUCUAGUCUAA